GAGUCCUUAGAUUGAGUCAGUAGGUCUGUUCGUCAGGGGUUGGAGUCCACGUGGUGAGGUUUGGAACCACUAACCCGGUUGUACACUUAACACCAUGGUUGAGACCCGUACUGGGAAGGAUACUAACCCCUACACCCAGGAGCAGCAAGAGAAAAUGGCCGCCCUAGUGAGAGAGAACAAAGAGAGGAAGGAGCUCGAGAAGCAGGCGAAGCUAAAGGCUAUCGCAGAGGAGCAGGCGGCUAAGAUGAAGAGGUUGGAGGAGAAGAUGAAGAGGGUGCAACAGGAGGAGGAAGAGAGGAGAAAGGCUGUUGAAGAAGAAGCCGCAGCAGAAGAAGCAGAGGAGGAGAGGAAAGGAAACGGAAAGGAAGCAGAGAGUAGUGGCACGAUAAAGAGGGAUACAGAUGCCGCGAUGGAGAAAAAGAUAAGUGAGUGGGUUGCUAAUUUAUCAUUGGGAGAAGACGAGGAUGCGGAGUCGUAUGUGACUCAGGAUGAGAGGGAUGCGCUAGGCAGUGAGCUAGCAGCAAUGGCGGAUCCUAUGGAACGACGAGAAAGGGAGGAGGAGCAGAAGUUGGCGUGGAAGUUAAGGAUGAAGAGGGAGAAGAAGAGGAGGAGAGAGGAAGUGAACAAACUGACCGCAGAGGUGGCAAAGGUGCAGGAGUGUAGGAAGGAAGUGUUGGCCCAACCAGAUGACAAGGCCAAAUGGGAUAAGGUGUUGGGCUACCUAGAGGUGCCGAGCACCGCAUGGAUGGAGGAGCGCCAAGCGAGUUGGAGCCAAGAGGUAGCCCUGAGUGCCAUGCGGUCGGGAUUCAGAGACUUUGCGCGCGAGAUCGUCACCCACAUUGGGGGCGAAGUCAGGCAAUUGAGGGACAACGUAGGGAAGUUUUGUGAGGGCACCAUUGAGGGUGCCAAAGCAAUAGCUGCUGUAGAGGGCGAGGGCAGACCCCGUAAAGAGUCUGUAAAGCUCAAGUUUCCAGACGCAUACGGGGGAAAGAAGGAGGAGAACUUUGACAACUGGGAGGCCAGUGUCAAUAGUGUGGCAGAAGAGUUAAAGGAGAGGAUGCCAGUCCGGGCCAAGAUGAAGAAAGAGAGUAAAGGACAACUAAUUUUGGUAGAUGUAGAAGUUUUCAGGAGUAGAGUAGGGGCCCUUAUAGACUCAGGGGCCACCCGCAGUUAUAUUAGCCGUGGAGCGCUGAAAAAGUUAAGGCUAGGAUUGAAAGUCCAGAAGUUAGCAGACCCCAUAGUCAGUGUCCUCGCAGACAACCGCACAAUGCGUGUUGAGGACAAUGUAGAGGGAGUCCAGGCGUACUUUCGCCUAGAGAGGGAUGGGAAGGUGGAGAAAGUUCUCCAUUCCCUAACUCUCCUCGUGCAGGAUGACCUUCCUUUCGACGUAGUGUUGGGAAUGGAUUGGGGAGAGGCAGCAGGGGCCACACUCCACUUGAGAGAGCAUGAGUGUAGGCUCCCUAGUCCGUCAGGCGAGGUUAAGACUACCCGCCUGUUUCAUGUGUCAGGUGUAGAUAACACCUUGGCACAUUGUUGUCUCAGUGCUCCCGCGUUCGUGCGAUUAGUGAAGGAGGAGCGAUUAGAGGAACAAGUCUUUGUAGUUUAUGUCAGACCUGUCACUGAGGCUAAGGAAGAGGUGACUUCCACAGAUCCAACAAUUGCCAAGCUGCUGGAAGAGUUCAAAGAUUUGACCGAGUCGCCGACAGGAGUAGUGCCGCGACCCAUCCAACACAGAAUAGAGAUAGAGCCUGGCAGUAGAACUCCUAAGGGUGCAGUUUACAGGAUGUCCCCUAGAGAGUUAGAGGAGCUUCGCAAGCAGUUAGACAAACUCCUUGAGAAAGGUUGGAUCAAGCCCAGUUCGUCUCCUUUUGGAGCACCUGUCCUGUUUGUCCCCAAAAAGGAAGGAGAGCUGAGAAUGUGUAUAGACUACAGGGGUUUGAAUGCGAUUACCGUGAAGAAUGCUGAGCCGCUGCCCAGGAUAGAUGAUCUUUUAGAUCGAGUGCAGGGUUGCAAGUAUUUUUCUAAGAUAGACCUGAAGUCUGGUUAUCAUCAGAUAGAGAUCCAUCCUGAUGAUCAGUACAAGACUGCAUUCCGGACUAGAUACGGGCACUAUGAGUUUAUAAUGAUGCCCUUUGGACUAACCAACGCGCCAGCCACCUUUCAGCGUUGUAUGAAUGACCUGUUUAGACCAUGGUUAGGCAAGUAUGUGGUAGUCUACUUAGAUGAUAUCUUAGUUUUUAGUAAGACCCUCCAGGAGCAUCAGGGUCAUCUUAGGCAGGUCUUGGAGAAGAUGAGAGAGGCUAACUUCAAGAUCAAUCCAAAGAAGUGCGAGUGGGCCAAGACACAAGCCUUGUACUUGGGCCACGUAUUAGACGGAGUUGGCAUUAAGCCAAAGGACAGUAACUACGGGAAUGGUUUCGGUAACGGGUAUGGGAACAACUACGGCGGGUAUGGCUACAAUAAUGGAAAUUGGCAGGGGAGUGGGAAUCCAAACCGGACAUUUUUUACGAAGGAGCAAGCGAAAUUUCUAGAGAAACUGAAAUUCAAGCAAGCCGUGCAAGAAGCAGCGAAGCAGCAGACGGAGGUAAAGCCUACACCGACAUGCAACUCUGAGCCGGGACUGAAGAUUGUGGAAAUCGGCAAGAAGAAGACAGAGGAUAAAGAAGAGGAGAUGAAGAAGUGGGUUACGAAGACAUUCUGCGAUUCGUUGAAGCUUCUCACUGAAAAGCUAGAUGAAGUGGAUAAGAAGUCCAAGCUGGCUGAGGACGAGAAGGAGGAAGUCAAGCGCCUCUGUGCUGAAAAGGAGCUACUGGAGUUGAAGGACAACUCAAGCAGCGAGAAGAGGAAAAGGCAUCCCUCAACUCCAUCCACCUCUCCUAGAGUGGACAAUCCGCGGCUGGAGACAGUGAUCCUUCCAUACAGGCAAGCCCUUAUACGGCUGCAGGAGAGUCAGCAGGAGCGGCGGGAUGACCUCGACAGAGAUAUGGAUGGGUUGCAACGGAAGAUAGUGCUUGCUGCACAAUGUACAGGUCAAACUCCAGUAGAGGAUUCUUUUCUCUCUGUUGUCUGGACUCGCAUCUUCAACGGCAAACAGCCGGCCAGAAAACCAUCUGUGUGAUCCACGCCAUCUGUGUUUCACCAUACAUGUGGCAUGAACUUUGUUCAUAACCAACUACCUCCCUCCUGUCUUAAAAAGCUCCACUCUUCUCCUCCUCCUACCUGCUCAGCUGAAAAUCCAAUUAGCAUCAGAAUUAGACUGUGGAAGCCAUGCCCUUUACCAUUGGAAUCUGAAAUGUAGAAGCAUAUAUGUGGAAACUUUGAGCCAAGAAAUAUGCACCUUGGAGAGUAUAGGUUCCGUUCGACGUCCUCCUGUUCUCCAAUUAUUUUCUCAGCUUUUCUGUCAAUUGGAUCACAGAGGGGUCGUUGCUCUUCGGCUUGAGCUAUGUGCCAGAUUCAGACGGAGUGGCAGACUUCUCUUCAGCCAUGACACACCAUCUGAAUCUGGCUCACAUAAGCGCCAGAUUCAGAACGGCCUUUGUGAGUAUGGUAUGGGACAAUCGUUUUCUCUCCAACAGGUAGGGUGUGUGGUCAUCAUCUCUGCAUCUGUCCUGAAUAUUGGCCCGAAAACCGGUACAAUAAUGUCGCAUCUUAAAGGUCACGCCGGAAAGGUCAUGCGGGUAUUCUAUGCGGUGGAAGACUGUGGCGGCAAGGUUCUGCCUGAAAGCAGCAUAGGAAAAUCAAGGAAAAAUUGGAUGAUUUGAUCAAGCAAGAGGCAAGGUUGCCUCCCCGGAAAGAAAAAAAAAAGAGAGGAAGAAAGAAGGCAAGGUUGCCAUUGUGCGCCGGUGUGAUUCUGUGUCAUACGUCCUCAUGGCCGGCACGGAAAUGAAGUGGCCAUACAAAU